CUGGCAAGGAAAAGGGAAGAGACAUCACUAUCUGAACUUGAGACAUCAACGCAGAACCUGACUGACUCACAGACAUCGAAUCAGUUUCAGGGUCUGGACUGGUCACUUCCGUCCGAGGCGGUUAUAUGCGGAGAGUACUACCAGCUGACCCAAAAUAACGGUUCAUAGCGUCCGGACCCUUUGGCUCGUGAUUGCGUCCGACCCUGUGGUAAAAUCGAACUGCGGGAGUCUGAAUUCCAUCGGUGAAUCGUUCGGGAAGGACUCGCAGGAUUUGCAGGAUUCGCAGGAUUCGCAGGACUCGCAGGACUCGCAGGACUCGCAGUAGCGAUAUAUUGCAGGGAGUUUCGGAGCGCCUAGUUGUAUGUAACCUUGGCUGACGAAUCUACGGAGGCUCGUGGGUCGGCGGACGCGGUUCAGGGGGAAGCGAAGGCGGAGAGUCGAGAGGAGGAGAACACAGGGAGGCGACGCAAAAGAGAGGAGGAGAAGAGGAGGAGGAAUUUGGUUUGGGGAAACGAGUCAGCAAGGAGGAUGAAGGGGACCGGGAGGAGGACCACGGGGAUCAAGGGGAGAGAGAAGACGAGCAAGAAGAAGAAGAAGGCCGUUCUGCAGCUGCGACAGUACCAGCAGGAGGUUCUUCAGGUGGCUCUGGAGCGCAACACCAUUGUCUACCUGGAGACAGGCAUGGGGAAGACUCUGAUCGCCGUCAUGCUCAUGCAGGCUCGUCGCCAGAUGCGGGAGAGGAGUGGCAAGAUCUGUAUCUUCCUGGUUCCAGCGGUUGCUCUGGUGAUUCAGCAAGCGGCAGUGGUAGAGCAGCAGACGGACAUGCGGGUGGGUAGAUACAGCACGGACACAGACAUCAAGUAUGAAGCCACCUGGGUGCAGCGACAGGCCUCUCAGCACGAGGUGCUGGUGAUGACGCCUCAAGUGCUGGUCAAUCUCCUGCAACACGCCUUCCUGUCCUUGUCUUCAGUGGACCUCUUGAUCUUCGACGAGUGCCACCACACCACCAAAGACCAUCCCUACGCCACUAUAAUGAAG